AUGAAUCGUUGUCAAAAAUUUGCAAGAUUGCAUCAGCUUUUGGGACAAUGUUCUGAAAGUAUUGUUUAUUAUGAUGAAAUUGCUUCUGUCGUGGAACGAAUUCGACAGAUUGAAUCAAUUAUGGCACCAAUUCAGUUUCAUCCGAAUCAAGUUUUCGAUGAAACCAAACAUAUUGUGGAUCCAAUUGCUAAAAAAUAUCUUAAGAAAGCGACUAAUGAUGUACAUCAUCUUAUUCCGGUCAAAGUUGCUGAUGACGGAAACUGUUUAUACCAUUCAAUUCUUCUAUUAAUGAAUAAUCCAACGGUGACGACGGAUGAAUUGCGCGUUCGAACAAUUAUCGAACUUAUGACAAAUGAAGCUUAUUAUGAUAGCAUGUAUCCACAAUUCAUCGGAUCUGUUGCAUUUAUUAUCAAGGCUAUGUGCAAAAAGAAUACAUUUUCAGAAUUGUAUGAAAUUAGUGCAUUAUGCAAUGUACUUAAAUGUAAUAUACGAAGUAUCCAUCCAAAAAUCGAUUUUCGAGAAGAUAUGGCCAUUUUGAAUAACGUAUUUACGCCUGCUCCACCUGUCAUUGCUAACUGUAACAUCAAAAUUUUGUGGUCUCAUGUCUUGAACGAAACAGCUGCACGAGCUGCAAAUAAUGGCGCAUGGAGUCCCAAUCAUUUUGUUCCUCUUCUAUCAUCAGCAAUGCAUUACACAUCUGAAUAUGAAAAUAAAUCACCAACGUUUCCUACUCCUGAAAAGAAAACGUUUAAGAAUAAUACUCCUACUCGAAUACGAAGUCCUGAAUUUGAAUGUUCUCCUAGCAGCCGUCGACGUAUCGAUAACAUGGGAAUGUACUCCACUCAAUCAAUCAGUUCAAGUGUACUACAACAAAGUCAAAGUGACAUAGAAGAGCAACGUCGAGUGCGGCUUGAUGCACAAAAAGAACGAGCUCGAUCUAGCCGAAUGAACGAAAUAGCUGAACAUCGUCAACUUCGCCUUGAAAAGCAAAAAACACGAAAUCAAUCGAAUGAAACAAUAGAACAACGUCAAAUUCGACUUGAAAAACAAAAAACACGAACUCAAUUGAAUCGUUCAAAUGAAACAGAACAACAACAUCAAAUUCGACUUGAGAAGCAAAGGAAACGAAGCGAAGCAAGCAGAAUGUCUAUGUCAGUACUAGCUGAUGUUACUUGUACAAUUUGCAACGUUCGUACUCCAAUACAACAGUCAAAAAAAGUGCCACUCUCAAAAACUCCUAAUAUUCAUUUACUUAAAGUUUCUGAUGAACUCAAAAAUUUAAUUACUAAUGGUCCACCAUCGUUAUCACAACAUUUAGACGCUGCCAACAAUAUGUGGUUAGGUGACGUACCUUCUGAAUUACAAGGAUUGACAAUUCCAGAAAAAAAAUUGAUAUCACUCUAUCGUCACAACAGCUGUAUAAUAAAACUUCAUUCGCCUUUCCAUUCAACUACAACUGCCCAGACAGCAUUGAAAGGCAACUGUAUUACUUUUCUUCAAAAUGUACCAAAUAUUGUUAAUAGUUUACCACUUACACUUAACGAGCUGUGUGAUACACUUAAAGUAAUUUUCGUCGGAGCUCAUCCUCCUGAACGCAUUCAACUUAAAAAAGUGCUUACAGUACGCAAAAAGAAAAUUAUCGAAGCAUUACAUUGGCUGAAGAAACACAACGUACUUUAUCAAAAUGUUGAUAUAAAUCUGAAGAAUAUUGCUCAAUUACCUGAAGACGAUGUACCAGAAUGUAUUAUGUCAACGAUGGAACAGAAGAUAGGCGAUGAAGAAAUUCAAUCUGAAAGAAUUGGAUAUAUUCCUGAUCCAUUAUCUGACCCAAUAGAACGUACUAGUACAGAUAGUAUUCCUAUUACUAACAGUGGUGUUCUCGAUGUCAAUGGCUCAUCAGUGUCUUCAGAUGAAAUUACUAAUUAUCUUUUGCACAAAAUUAAAAAUGACGGAACAGAGGAACAGAUGGACACCGAAAAUGUUUAUUUGAUUCCUCAUUCUUCGAAGCCUGUUAACGAGUAUUUUAAUCCAAAACUACUCGUAGGUCUGUAUCCAACCUUAUUCUGUUAUGGACGUGGCGCACCUGAAGAUCAAUCGCGUCCAGUUAAAGUAAAUUUACGAGAACACAUACGUUAUCUGUUAUCGUACAAUGAUCGACGUUUUGAAACGAACCACGGUUUUAUAUUUGUCGUCUUCAAUCUAUUACAACGACAUGAUGCUUGUUUUCAUGCUCAGCUGAUCGCAACAAAACCUUACUUUCGAGCAUCUGCUGAUGAAAUUCAAUCCUUGAAAAGUAAAGAUAUUGAAAUGGCGCUCGAUAACAUUUCCAAAAAAACAUACAGUUCAGAAUCCAACAGUGCAUUAAAUAAAUUAUUGCAUCAUAUUAAAACCAUCGGUGGUCGAGUUAUGGGUUCAGCAUAUUCACGUACGGCAUUACGUACGCGUAUUCAUGCAUUAAUCUAUAAUCAAGGAUUACCAAGCAUUUUUUUAAUUUUAAAUCCAGCUGAUAUUCACAGUCCCGUGGCAUUAUAUUUUGCGGGAGUCAAGUUGGAUUUAGAUAAUAUUCAAUUAGCGCAACUGAUGACUACUUACAAAAGAGCCGAAAUUAUAGCUUCUCAUCCUGUUGCUACCGCAAAAUUUUUUCAUUUAUUAAUUUCAAAUAUCUUAAAUACUAUGCUUAGUGGUGGUGUUCUUGGACCAAUAAAAGCUUAUUUUGGUACUGUUGAAAGUCAAGGACGAGGUUCGCUUCAUUUGCAUCUUCUUAUUUGGCUUGACCAUGAAAUGAAACCAGCUGAUAUGAAAGAGAAGAUUCAAAAUGCUGAUUUUCGUGAAAAGUUAAAGGCAUAUUUAGAAGAUAUUAUCAAAGAAGAUUUGGAUGAAUUCAAAGAUAAACAUGUCUUUGAGAAUUUAGACGUGACAAGAUCAUUCGUUACUCCUCCACGAUUAUCACAAGAUAAUAUCAAUGCGGCUUUACGUACUAUUGAUUUAACAAGUUUAGCCGAAAAUAUAAAUAAAUCUUCUGUUUGGUCGACACCAAUCAAGCAACAACUUUCUCCAUCAAUUCCUUAUGCUUC